AUGAUACCUAAAUCACACAAAACGGUAUUUGUACUGGAUCAUGGACCUGUAUUUAGUAAAUCUAGCCAGGAACCAUUAGAUUAUGAUGUCAUCAGUAAAUCAAAGACUCCAGGAGUCAUUCCUGCGGCGCCAAUCUUCAAGUCAUUGUGGACAUGGGGUAUUGAAUGUGUGUUGGAAUAUAUGAGAAUCAUUUUUGAUGUGUUUCCAGCAGAUCACUUGAUUCAAUUGGUAUCAGGGAAUAGUUGUUUAAAUAACUGGAAUCAGAAAGAACAAAGUAUCCAACAUUUGAUGUCAAGUCUAUCCCAUCUGGGUCCACCUAAAUCAGACAGCCUAGAAGAUGAAUACAGUGCUAUGCAUGGUCUAUCAUUAGCUAUAGAAUCAUUAUGUAGACAGAGUGAAUUACAGACCACUUUAAUUGAACAAGAUGAAUCAGUGGUGAAAAAUAAUGGCCGUAUCGUAUGUCUGACAAAUCUGAAAAGUGAGGCUCAUAUCAGAAUGCUAGAAGAAUGUGUUUUAGAUGCCGUAACAAGACAUAAUAAACUGGCAGGCUCAAAAGAUGGGGGUAUUAUAAAUUUGAUUAAAAUCUUGGCUGAGUUUGGGAAAUGUUUUAUGGCUCUUGGACCAGGUGGACUCAGAUGCUUGGACCAGACUCUUCUUCAGUAA